UGAUAAUCCAACCAAAAUUGUUAAUACAUUCUAGUUUACUCGCCGGGAUAAGCAAGAGCUCCAAAAGAAAUGAAAGCAGAUAUAUCUGAUUAGAAUAAUGUUUGUCACUCGUCAUAUACCAACAGACCAUCAGGAUUUAAUUCAUGAUGUGUCUUACGAUUUCCAUGGUAGACGAAUGGCAACAUGCUCAACUGAUCAAACAGUCCAGAUAUGGGAUUUACAAGAUAACGGUGAAUGGAAGUGUACAGCAAGUUGGAAGUCCCACAGUGGGUCUGUAUGGAGGGUGACAUGGGCUCAUCCAGAAUUUGGACAAGUUAUUGCAACAUGCUCCUUUGACAGGACUGUUUCUGUAUGGGAAGAAUGUGUAGGGGACACUGGCAGGGAUGGAGUACAAAGCAACUGGAUUAGAAAAACUAGUCAUGUUGAUAGCCGUACAUCAAUAAUGGAUGUCAAAUUUGCUCCAAAACAUUUAGGAUUAUUAUUAGCCACAUGUUCAGCAGAUGGCAUUGUGAGAAUAUAUGAAGCACCAGAUGUAAUGAACUUGAGCCAGUGGUCUUUACAACAUGAAAUUAUGUGUAAAAUCAGCUGUAGCUGUAUAUCAUGGAAUCCUUCUAGAAUGCAUGCUCCAAUGAUAGCAGUAGGAAGUGAUGAUCCAAGUCCAUCAGCAGGAGGAAAAUGUCAGAUUUAUGAAUUUAAUAGUGCUAAUAGAAAAUGGAACAAAGUAGAAAGUCUAAGUGUAGUUACAGAUCCAGUUCAUGAUGUUGCUUUUGCUCCGAACCUUGGAAGAUCUCAUCAUUUAUUAGCUAUAGCAUCAAAAGAUUUGAAAAUAAUAAGUCUCACACCUUAUGGGAGAGAUGCUGCAUCGACAACUCAAGGAAGUAAAUUUAAAAUGCAACAGGUAGCUGAUUUUUCAGAACAUGAGUCACAGGUAUGGAGACUUAGUUGGAAUGUUACUGGUACCAUUUUGUGUUCCUCAGGAGAUGAUGGCUGUGUACGGUUGUGGAAAGCAAAUUAUCUAGGAAGUUGGAAAUGUAUUGCUGUGUUGAAAGGUGAUGGAAGUCAAGUACAACAGAUGGACAUCAAUCAGAGUUCAAUGUCCUCUAGUGGCGGCCAGGGACAAUCUAACAGUGGUGUCAGGGGCCCUCCAGCAGGAGUUAUGAACAUGAACAUCAAGAGAAAUUCUGGAUGGCCUUUAUUCAAUACACAAAAAGACCAAGGAAAGGCCUACUACUAAUAAUCAAAUACAGAUGAAAAAUGCAAUAAUUAUAGAUGUUGUGAAUCCAUUUUGUCAAAUUAAUAUGUUGAUCCAAUAUUUUGGAUCAAUAUUGUUAAAUUGUUAUGUUUGUUUUAAAAGUGUCUUUGACACAAGCAGCUCAAAUUAGUGUGCCUUAGAUAAUUAUGCUGUAAAAUGGUGUAUUUUCAUAUUAGAAGUUCUUUAUUUGAAAGACCAAACAAGUUUAUGAGGUAUUUUUUUU